AAUAGAAUCGAAUGCUAUCUGCGCGGCACCGAGUGAAAUGCAAAUAUUUAACCGUAAUUGGUGGUAAAAAGUGUGAUUUUUGUUAUCAUUUGACUACUUCGUUGCAGGUGAACGGUAUCAGCAGUGAAAGUUCCUGUAGGUGGUUGAAAAUUUAGCCGAAAAGAGUGUUUGCAAGUGCUCGGUACAUUGUGCUCCGCGCGCUUCUUCUAGUUGUGUUUGUUUAUAAACGAAAGUUGUUGAUGCAUUUUAGCUGAAAAUAUUCGAUUUCAGCAUGUACAACAACUCGAACGGUAGUGUUGAGCAUGGCGAUGCGGAUCCCAGUCAGAAGGGGCCAGAUUCUACGCCGGAAGGUCCCGAUCCGAAAAAUGUGGCCAACGAUGAGGACAAGCCAGCCGAAAGUGAAUGCACGGAUGACCGAGAAGAAGAAAAGGAAGAAGAUGCGGGUGCUACGGAUCCGGUGGAUAAAGAAUCUUCCGUUGCGUCCGACCUGAACAACACGGCCGAAUCCGUUCUAAACCCGGAAGAGGCUAGCGGAGGGGAGGACAAAGAAGAAUGCAUCGAAAAGAAAAACACAGAUCCGGAGGUAAAAGCGGAUGACGGUGCACCCGAAGAAGAUGUUUCGGAAGACAAACCUUCGAAAGAAGAGUUGGAGGGAGAGAGCGACGUCAAGGAUGAAACGGUGGAAGUGCUAACGGAGGAGCUCGAAAAGAAAGAAGAGGUGCCCUAUACACCGGCUAAGGAAAAGGUGACCGUUAAUCUGGACCUAUGUCGGGUGUGUAUGGGAAAAGAGGAUUUGACCGACAUCUUUCAGCUAGAAGGACCGGUGCGUAUCAGUGAUAUCAUUAUGAAGGUGUGCACCAAUGUACGCAUCACAGCGCGAGAUCAUUUGCCGCACAAAAUUUGCGAACGUUGCCUUGGACAGGUGCGGAUCGUGAAUGAGUUCAAAAUCCGGUGCGAAGCUUCGGACAAAGAGCUGCGGAAAACUUUAUCUCGUAGCUCCAACAAAACUCGCCGGCCAGUAAUAGUGGUCAACUGCCCGAUGUCGGAUUCUGAGAACGAGGAUGAGCCAGUUGACGACGACGAGUACCAGGUGUCACAGUCGGAGGUGGAAUCGGAGCCGGCCACCUCGGACGACAGCUUCUCGCCACCCACCAAGCGGAGACGAACGCCAGCAAAGCGUGGACGCAAACCGGCGCAAUACAGUACACCACCGGCUCGCAGAGGCAGACCCGGACGGAAGCCGAAAAACAUGGCCAUCGAAACACCACCCGUACAGACACCCACGCCUAAGCGUGGCCCUGGAAGACCACCGAAAAAUCCGAAAACUCCCACCCUAUCGAACAUCGUGUAUAUCGAGGCGCCGGAGGACAGUUCGAGUUCCGAUGAGGUUAGCGAGCAGAAACGGCGGCGCAGGAAGCGUGGGGACAAUCCGUGCCCCAAAUGUGACGAAGUCUUUCCCUCCCAGUUAGCCCUCAAGCAGCACCUGAAAACGCAUCCUGCAGAUGUGUUCAACUGUGACCGUUGCCCGCUAUGGUUCAGAACGCAGCAAGCCCUGACGAACCACAUAGAGCGACACAAAAAGGCUGAUAGGAUGCGGGAUGAGAAGCGUAGGGAGCGCGAGCAGCGUCAGGAUCAACGGUACCGGGAACCCAAUCGCUCGUCCGAUCCGGAUGACAGGAAAGCCGGGACUCAAUUUAGCUCGAGCACGGAGAAAAAGAAAAAACUAGAUGUCGCCCCCACCAGUACCGGAAGGGAUCUCUUCAAAUGUGUUGCUCCACUGACGUCCACGUACUGGAGUGAUAGCUUCUCAGAAUAAGCGGUCUUUUUGGCAAACUAGAAUCACCACGAUGUAAGGAAUAUAUUUUCCUUAAAAAAGAGUGAGGAUCAAAUAAAAGUUUGGAGUAUGCGUCUUGAUUUAGUGUAGGUGGUUAAGACAGCCAUUUUUGCAAAGUAAAAAUUGUCAUAGCUAAGCAACUUUUUGGUAAAAGUAAGACAAAUCGCUUAUAGUCGAAAUAGACAAACUUUGUUUUUCAGUUCGUGGAAUGCAGAAAACACUACUAAUUGUAAGAUAUAGAGUAAAUUGAAUAAUAUUCAAGUGCGGCCCCCAUUUUUCAGCAGCUCCACAGUACUUUAAAGUUUAGACAUACACCGACGGUUUGAAUUUGAAAACCCAAACCAAAGUAGGGUUUUGAACAAAUCGAAAGUCAUCAAUGCAAUGCAUCAAUCGGUAUGGGAGGAAUUCAUCAAUAAUGACAGGAGUUUGAUCAAAAGUUCUUCGAGAAGCAUCGGUUUUAGACAGAUUUUAGGUUAUACUAUGCGUGCAAUUUUUUUUAAAUCAAAUCUUAUUUAACAGUCUUUCAACUCAUUCUACUCACCACCGGCAGAAAAAAACUUUACUAACAAAACGAAAAAUGCUAAACAAUCACAGUUUAAUUAUAAAUAAUGCUAUUAUUACGUCCAGAACAACGUUGCAGUGUAAGUGUUCGACAUAUUUUACAUACGGUUGAUUGCGAAUCGUAUUGGAGGAGGUGAUUGUAUAAUGUAAGUGUCCUUUUAUUCAGUUGCGUCAUGCAAGACAUGAUAAGGGACGAUAUUUUCUACUUUAGCUGGUCUGUACAAUAAAAAAGGCUUGUCAAUCUAACCC